CAAAGGUAACGUUGUGCUGUCAGAAAUGGCUGCGCACGACCACUUGUCUCUCUGCUUAUGCGACGUAAUCAGAUUAUUGUGGUCCCUCGUUCUACCAUGCGUCUAUCUGUGCGUGGUGCUGUCGGCGAUUCUAGCCUUUCUUAUGUUGGGGGUCCGCAUGUGGCUGCAGCGGAGCCGGAGCGCCCGACUGGCCCGGGAGAAAGCCCUGUCCGUCGCAUUCUUUCACCCCUACUGUAAUGCCGGAGGGGGCGGGGAGAGGGUUCUCUGGUGUGCCAUCAGAGCUCUGCAGAACAGAUACCAAGAUGUCUCCAUUGUGGUGUACACUGGAGAUCUGGGUGUGACCGGGGAGCAGAUUCUCGAAGGAGCUCGUCAGCGGUUCAAUAUCCGCAUGCCCCGGCCUGUCAAGUUUGUGUUCCUGAAGCACCGCUUCCUCGUGGAGGCUAGUCUGUAUCCCCACUUCACCCUGCUGGGCCAGAGCGUGGGCUCGGUCUUCCUGGGCUGGGAGGCGCUCACAGAGUUCGUCCCUGAUGUCUAUGUGGACUCUAUGGGCUACGCCUUCACGCUGCCCCUGUUCCGCCACCUGGGCGGCUGCCGCGUGGUCAGCUACGUGCACUACCCCACUGUGAGCACUGACAUGCUGUCCGUGGUCCGUGAGCGGGACGCGCGUUUCAACAAUGCGGACUACAUAGCUGGAAACCCUCUGCUGAGCGCCAUCAAGAUGGUCUAUUACUGCGCCUUUGCGCUGCUCUAUGGGCUGGCGGGCUCCUGCAGCCACAUGGUCAUGGUCAACUCCAGCUGGACACUGGGGCACAUCCUGGCCCUGUGGCGAGUACCCAACCGAACCGCCAUUGUUUACCCUCCAUGCGAUGUCCAUACAUUUUUAAACUCUCCUCUGGAGGAGCAGGAGGAAGAGCAGGGCUCUGGCAGGAAGUGCCACUCCCUGGUCUCGGUGGCCCAGUUCCGCCCAGAGAAGGAUCACCGUCUGCAGAUCCGAGCCUUCCGGGCCCUGCUGGACAGGCGGCUGGCUGGCCUGGGCCGCGAGUCAUUGAGGCUGGUGCUGAUUGGAGGCUGCCGAAACCAGGAGGACGAGGACCGGGUGCUGAUGCUACGGGGGCUUUGCCAGGAGCUGAAUGUGGCCGACAGGGUGGAGUUCAAGCUAAAUGUUCAGUUUGAGGAGCUGAAGAAGGAGCUCACUGGUGCUACUGUGGGUCUGCACACCAUGUGGAAUGAGCAUUUCGGGAUAGGUGUGGUAGAGUGUAUGGCAGCUGGGGCAGUAGUCCUAGCCCACAGGUCGGGGGGCCCCUUGCUGGACAUUGUGGUACCGUACGAGGGGAGCCCCACAGGCUUCCUGGCAGACGACGUGGCCACUUACACAGAUGCCAUGGAGAGAAUCCUGGCCAUGACCCCGGCCACUCGCCUGGAGAUUCGUCGCAAUGCCCGCCGCUCUGUCGCCCGCUUUUCCGACCAGGAGUUUGAGGCCUCCUUUCUGUCUGCCAUCGAGUCCGUCAUGGGAAUGGUGGUGCAGUGAGGAACGGGGGCCUCGCAGAGCUCGGCAUUCCCCCCAGCUUCCCUCAGUGGCUUUACCCCAGCCGGCCUCUGCCACCCGUCUGCAGGGCCACCUGUGCUUGCCAGAGGCCUCAGUUAUUAACCCAUGAUUGUGACUCAGCCCUCUGUAACUGGAUUUAGACACUGUAGCCUUUUUCUCUCCCCUUCGGUGUGUCGUACAGCUUUCUGUUAGGGUGCCUCUAGUGGACGGAUGCCCUCAGUCAGUCACCCGUUUUCCUCAGUGUUCUCCACGUAAUUCCCGUACGUGUUACUGAGACCAGGGGCGGACGAAGCGACAUGUUGCAGGAGAUGUAGCCCCAUGUGGGACCAAGCUCAGCCCCUCCCCCAUCCCCAGUUGCUGUAAAUACGCUAUCGUCUUCAGAAUGAUCAAUAUGAUGAAAGAACUUGUUGGUUUAUUUUUUGGAGUUUCAUUUUACGUGCUAAUAAAUUAUACAUCAGAUUCUAAA